AAAUUCGUCAUGACAUCUGCCAAACCCUCGAAUUUUGGACUCUUGUGAAAAAAUCAGAUUCUUGUGCAUUUUUGUUUUACUCCAAGAUUUUGUUAAAAAACAACAUUAAAAAAACCACAUUCUGGUCCAGAAGACUGUUUGUGUGAUAGUUUUAUCAAAGAAUAAUAUACAGAAUGGCGUUCAACUUCACAGCAUUCUCUUAUAUAGUGGCAUUAAUAGGAGAUGCAUUUUUAAUAUUUUUCGCUAUAUUUCAUGUAAUCUCCUUUGAUGAGCUAAAAACAGACUAUAAAAAUCCCAUCGAUCAAUGCAAUAGUCUAAAUCCGUUGGUGUUGCCCGAAUAUUUACUUCACAUUUUCCUCAAUUUAUUGUUCCUAUUUUGUGGCGAAUGGUUUUCUUUGUGUAUUAAUAUACCCUUAAUUGCAUACCACAUAUGGCGCUACAAAAAUCGCCCUGUCAUGACUGGCGCUGGUCUAUACGAUCCAACGACUGUUUUGAGUACGGAUAAUUUGACAAAAAAUAUGCGUGAAGGUUGGAUUAAAUUGGCCAUAUAUUUAAUUUCAUUCUUCUAUUACAUUUAUGGAAUGGUUUAUGCGCUAAUUUCAACGUAAAAACGAAGCGAGCUGGAGUGAUAUCGAAAAUAAAGAGAAAAAAAACUAAUAAUUUUAUAAUUGUAAACAACUCAUCUUUUAUAAUAAGCCAGAGGAAAAAACCAAGGGAUUUUGUUUUUGGUUUUGGGUAACUAUGAGUUGUACGUAAGAUCGAAUGAAAGUCAUAAUUAUUAAUAGCGUAUCCUCAAAUUAUAAAUGUAAGAAUGUUGCAAGUAAUCAACUACUUCAUGCAAACCUUCACAUAGCACCACAUGAAUUGAGAUUUUUAACAAAUAAAAACGAAAAAAAAGAUUAUUAAAACUUUCAAAAAACAUUAAUAAUAGCGAGUUAUAAAAGUUAUACAUUGUAUGUAUGUAUGUACAACUAUGUAUAUAAAUUUAUCAACAUUAACUCAUAUUUGUACAAGUAUAUAAUUUAUAAAAGUAACAUGCUUAAAUAUAUUACAAACUAAAUUUUUACUAUCUAAUCACAAAGAAGUAAAGAUAAAAAUACUAUAUGUGCAAUUAAGAGU